AUGUCUUUCAACAACAGCUACGGCGACCAAUUCCAAGGCCAGCCCCAGGGCGACAUGAACAACCAGACCCCGCAGCCCGGCGACAUGGGUCAGCCCAUGGACGCUUCCGGCAACGGCUUCCCACCCCAGGGCAACAUGGGCCCGCCAGGCAGCGCUGGUGGUGACGGCCAAGGCCAGGGUGCGGGCAAGACGACUCUCUGGAUGGGCGAACUCGAGCCCUGGAUCGACGAGAACUUCGUGCGCAGCAUCUGGUACAACAUGGGCGAGACUGUCAACGUCAAGAUGAUCCGCGACAAGUUCUCCGGCAAUGCUGGAUAUUGCUUCGUCGACUUCGCGAGCCCUGAUGCUGCGUCCAAGGCCCUUAGCCUCAACGGCCAACUCAUCCCCAACUCCAACCGCCCGUUCAAGCUGAACUGGGCCUCUGGCGGUGGUCUUGCUGACAGGAGCCGCGACGAGCGUGGUCCCGAAUUCAGCAUCUUCGUCGGAGACUUGGGCCCCGAGGUCACCGAGUUCGUCCUCGUACAACUCUUCCAGAACAAGUACCAGUCCACCAAGUCCGCCAAGAUCAUGUCCGACCCCAUUAGUGGUAUGUCGCGCGGCUACGGUUUUGUCCGGUUCGCUAGCGAGGAGGACCAGCAAAAGGCCCUCACUGAGAUGCAAGGCGUCUACUGCGGCAACCGCCCUAUGCGUAUCUCCACUGCCACACCCAAGAACAAGAGCGGUGGUCCCGGAGGUCCCGGCGGAAUGGGCGGCAUGCCUCAAGGCGGCGGCGGCCCCGGUAUGGGCAUGUACUCCAUGGGCGCUCCUCCCAUGGGUGGCUACUACGGUGCACCCCAGCCGAUGAACCAGUUUACUGACCCGAACAACACCACCGUCUUCGUCGGCGGUCUGUCCGGCUACGUCACCGAGGACGAGCUCCGCUCUUUCUUCCAGGGCUUUGGCGAGAUCACAUACGUUAAGAUUCCCCCAGGCAAGGGUUGCGGCUUCGUCCAGUUCGUUCAGCGCCACGCUGCCGAGAUGGCCAUCAACCAGAUGCAAGGCUACCCCAUCGGUAACUCUCGCGUCCGUCUUAGCUGGGGUAGGUCCCAGAACAACUCCGGUCCAGCCGGCACCCCGUACCGCCCUGCACCACCUCCACCAGUUCCCUUCGGCCCCGGCAUGGGUAUGCCCCCGCAACACCCCUACGGCGGUGGCGGUGGCUACGGCCCGAUGAUGAAGGCUGGCCAGCCUUCCCCUUACCCGCCGUCGAUGAACGCAAGCCUCGGUGGCCAGCGACCCGGCAGCCAGAACGCCCCUUCGGCCAAUCCUGCCGGCCAGAACGGCACUCCAACGUUCAACAACUACCGCUUCACCCCCACCCAGCCCAACGGCCCCAACAGCCCCGGCUUCGGCUCGCCCGACUUUGGCGGUGCCUUCUCGCAGCAAUUCCCUCCACCGCAGUAA